AUGGACCUGUCAUCUGCCACCAAAAUAUAAACAAAUGUGAAUCACUAUUUGUUAUCAGGAAAUUUUAAUAUUUUAAAUCACGUCACACAAUUAACUUGUUUCAUAUCACGUAUUACAUGACGUGUAAUAUUGCAUUGAGUUGUAGUAAAUUCGAAAGUUUUUGAAUUGUUCGAGCUCUUAAUAUAAUUUUUCUAUUAGGAAAAUGAUAAAAGACGAAAAAAGGGCUCUUAUAUUAGUAGGCGGCUAUGGUACUAGGCUGCGACCUUUAACAUUAAGCCGUCCGAAGCCCUUAGUAGAAUUUGCAAAUAAACCCAUUUUGUUGCAUCAGAUUGAAGCAUUAGUGGCCGCUGGAGUUACCGAAGUUAUAUUGGCAGUUUCGUACAGGGCUGAACAAAUGGAGCAGGAACUGAUCAAAGAAGCACAAAAACUGGGAAUAAGUAUAAUUUUCUCUCACGAAACUGAACCUUUAGGUACCGCCGGACCAUUAGCUUUAGCUAAGAAUAUUCUUUCAAAAAGCUCUAAACCAUUCUAUGUUCUUAAUUCUGAUAUUAUUUGCGACUUUCCUUUUAAAGAAUUGGCAGACUUUCACGAGUCUCAUGGUAAAGAAGGCACGAUCGUCGUUACUAGGGUAGAAGAGCCAUCAAAAUACGGGGUUGUGGUUUAUGAUAAGGACAAUUGCAUAGAUAGUUUUGUGGAAAAACCGCAAGAGUUUAUCUCAAAUAAAAUUAAUGCCGGGUUGUAUAUUUUGAACCCUAGCGUUUUAAAUAGAAUAGAACUGCGUCCUACUUCUAUUGAAAAAGAAGUGUUCCCAGGCAUGGCGGAGGAUAAGCAACUUUAUGCCUUCGAGUUGCAAGGGUUCUGGAUGGACGUUGGCCAACCGAAAGAUUUUCUAACGGGGAUGUGCUUGUAUUUAAAGCACUUAAGGCAGACCAAUUCAGAUAAAUUAUAUAAAGGACCAGGAGUAGUUGGUAAUGUUUUAGUAGAUCCAACUGCUAAGAUAGGAUCUGAUUGCCAGAUAGGACCUAACGUCACUAUUGGACCUGGAGUUGUUAUUGAAGAUGGUGUUUGUAUAAAACGAAGUACAAUCCUUCGAAACGCCACCAUUCGAUCAAAUUCAUGGUUAGAAAGCUGUAUUGUGGGCUGGAGAUCUUCCGUCGGUAGAUGGGUCAGAAUGGAAGCCAUUACGGUAUUAGGCGAGGAUGUCAUUGUCAAGGACGAGACUUAUGUAAAUGGUGGUCAGGUGUUACCACAUAAAAAUAUUGCUGCCUCCGUUCCAGAACCACAAAUUAUUAUGUGAACGUUUUUUAUAUUUAUAUAAAAUUAUUUACUGGUUGUAUUCUUUAAAUAUUUUAUACAAUUUAUUUUAAUAAUAAACUGUGACUUUUCUAG